AUGGGCUCCGCCGCGCCGGAGUCCACCGCCGCCGCCGCCGCCUCCUCCUCGACGGGGUCUGCAGCCACCGCCGCGACCCCGCCCGCGGCCGCCUUCUCCGCGCCCGAGACCACCGAGUCCGGGGCCGAGGUCGGCGCCUCCUCCUCGACGGGUCCCGCCACUUCCCUGGCCCCGCUCGCUGCCUCCUCCUCCGCGCUCGAGCCUACCGCCUGCACGACGCUGUUCGCCGGUUCGACCUCUUCCUCCGCGGCCGCGCUCGACUCUACCACCUGCACGGCGGUCUUCGCCGGUUCCGCCUCCUCCGCCGCGACCGCGCUCGAGUCUACCGCCUGCACGACGCUCGUCGCCGGCUCCUCCGCCACGACCACGGCUUCAUCCUCGGCGACGCCGCCGGCCACGCCCAACGCCGCCUUGCUCCGGUUUAUUCCGCCUGGCUCAGCAUUUGGAGAUGUGCCGGACCCCUAUGCCGUGUGCCCAGCUGACACGGUGUUCCCAGCGCUCCUGAGCUGCCCUGUGGCGCCUUCGCUGCAGGCCCAGCUUCCCGACAAAGAUGCACCGGUGGACACGAGCCCGAUGUACGUCAAGGGGGAUCCGUUUGCCAAGACGAUGUACCAGGAUAGUGAAGUCGGGCCCAGGAAGCGGAGCCGUGAUGAGGAGGAUAUUAUACCUGUGGCAGAGCUCAACGAGGUCAUCAAGAACGUGGCGGAAACUGUUUUUGAUGAGCAGCAUAGGAGUUUUGAGUACAUGGACAGGGACUGGCUUACAAAGGGUGAGUAUGAAACGUUGGAGUUCAGAAAGAAGGCUCACCCACCUCAGUUCUAUGAAGUCAAGAAAUCAAAGCGUGGCGGACUUAAGCUCGGACCCCGACCUGGUAAAGCAACCAAACCGAGGAUUGGGAUCAAUGGUUUGGGGCGGAUCGGGAGACUUGUGGCCAGGCUUAUUUUGCACAGCAAGAAAAUGGAACUAGUCGUCGUCAACGACCCUUUUGUGAGCGCAAAUGACAUUGCUACAGCGCUAGCGGACAUGCCUCCUGAUUUAUUCCCUCCCACCAAAGUUCUAGCUAUUUCUGAGCCUGAAAAAAUACCCUGGGGCAAUCUCGGCGCAGACUACGUCGUGGAGAGCACUGGAGUAUUCACUGACACGGAUACUGCCAGCUCUCACUUGAUGGGUGGCGCCAAGAAGGUUAUCAUCUGUGCUCUGAGCAAUGAAGCUCCCACAUUUGUUUACGGUGUCAAUGAAAAUACGUACACACCAGAUAUUAGGAUCAUCUCAGUUGCUGAUACCGCUACAAUUUGUCUUGCUCUGCUCGCCAAGAUCCUCCACACUAAAUUUGGCAUCAGAGAGUGCCAUGUGACUAUAACCGGACCAUCCUCUAGUGCUGCAGAAAUUGGCAGGGCACUCAGUUCCGCUAUUCCUGAUUUAGUCGACAGGUUCCAUGUGACGGUGAGCCAUGAUCCUCAGGUGAAACUGUCUUGUGUGGAACUGGCCGUUAGGCUUGACGAGUGUGCUGACUAUGAGAUGAUCAAGGAUUCUGUCAGGAAGGAGUCUUCUUCAGAGGAACUUCACUAUGUACUAGCUAACCUGGAGGGAGGAGUGGGGCUCAAGGCCACAGAUUAUUUAGGAGAUUGCAGGUCGUGCUUCUUUGAUGCCGAUGCUGGAGGUAUGCUGGGGGACGGUUCCUUCAAGCUCUUCGCAUGGUUCAACCACCAGCGCAGCUACGGCCAGCGCUGCACUGACAUGAUUCUACACAUGGCGAAGAAGUCUAGAGUUGAUUGA